AUGCUCGGCGAGAUUUUCCAAUACUUUGAAGAGACCUGGCGUAUAGCAGUCUUCCUAGGGACAGUACUUCUCCCCUUCAUGCUCAAAUUCCUUUUGAGCCUUGCCAUCAUUAUUGGAAUCGUCUUUGUUGUCCUUUUUAUAAGCGGAGCCAUCGUCGUUUCCCUUGGCUUUGUUGACCUUCCUCCGGAGAAAAAUAAGCAACAAACCACUUCUCAGUCUGCCAAGGAAGAAGCCACUUCACCACCGAAAGCCUGCGAGGACAGCCCAGAUCCAACUAGUUUUGCUGGAGAUCGCAAAAGACGUCUUGAGAUUGAAGUUGAGAUACUCGAAGAAGUUUUACACGAGAGGCGGGAGGAGCUAGCAAAGCUCGCUUAA